GGGCAAGCCGCCUUGCCCAUCGGGCGCAGAACUUCGCAAUCAAGGAGGCACCUUUCACCAUGGAGGCGCUAAGCACCGCUCAGCACCUUGGGGGCCUUUGUCUGGACCCUCAACAUUUGCUGAGAGGGAGCACGAGGGGCAAACACUGUCAACAAAGCGGCCCAGCGAGAGCUCUGCUCAAUGGGGAAGCCCACGUCGGCAGAGCGCUUUUGAAGCAGAGUGCUUCUAGCUUGUCUCCACUCUUCGACAGUCUGCGGUGCGAGGGGUCGCCCGUCGUGAGAAGGGGCAUUGCAGUCUGUCAAGCUGUGCAGACUGUGGACUCAAAUGUGAACCCUUCAAAAGCGUCACAUUUCGAGCGGUUGGACGAUGAGGGUGCCAACGAGCCGCUGACUCCAGAAGAGUACGAGAAGGCGGCGAAGAAGGUCCUUGAAGACUAUGCACGUGAGCUUGAGUUGGUGAAUAGGCUAGCAGAUGAGCGGGAAGCGGCAGGGGAGGAUGACGAAGAGGGUGACUAUGAUGGAGAGGGUGAAAAGAAGAAAAAGAAGAAAAGGAUGAAGAGGCGGGAAGCAGGGUGGGAGGUUCCGGACAGUCAGCUGCCGACGGUCGCCAUUGUGGGGCGGCCCAAUGUGGGGAAGUCUGCGCUUUUCAAUAGGAUUGCUGGGGGCGAUAUUGCCAUUGUGCACGAUGAGCCCGGCGUGACUCGAGACCGGCUCUACAGCCGGGGCUUUUGGGGAAGGAACGAGUUCAUGCUAGUCGACACAGGAGGAGUUAUGACAGUGCCAAAGUCAGAGAGCAUAGGCUCUGAUGCGACCACCAUUCACUUUGGGGGGGGCCUCGAGGGGUUGAAGCGGGCGGCGGAAGAAGCCGCCAGGGCUGGCCUCCCAGGGAUGAUAGAAAGGCAGGCAGCAAACGCAGUUGAAGGGGCGCACGCCAUCAUCUUUGUUGUGGACGGACAGGAAGGGUUGACGGCUGCAGACACGGAGAUUGCGCAGUGGCUGCGCCGGGAGCACUCAGACAAGCCCAUCACGCUAGCCGUGAACAAGUGCGAGUCCCCCGUCAGAGGACAGCUCCAAGCAGCCGAAUUCUGGCCCCUCGGGUACGAACCGGUCCCUGUUUCGGCCAUCACCGCCACAGGGACCGGCGAACUCAUGGACCGGGUCUGCGUGAAGCUGCCGAUGCGGAUAGACAAUCCUUUGGAAGAGAACGAAGAGCGCCCGUUGGGCAUCGCGAUUGUGGGUCGGCCCAACGUCGGGAAGAGCAGCAUUUUGAACGCGUUGGUAGGAGAGGAGCGGACGAUCGUCAGCCCGAUCAGCGGAACGACGAGGGACGCGAUUGAUCAGUCGUUCAAGGGGGAGGAUGGGCAGGCGUACCGGUUGAUUGACACUGCUGGCAUCCGGCGGCGAACGCGCGUACAAGCGACGGGGAGUCGGGCGGAGGCGCUGAGUGUGAACCGGGCGUUCAAGGCCAUUAAGCGGGCGGAUGUUGUGUGCCUGGUGAUCGAGGCCAUGAGCGGGGUCGUGGAACAGGACUACAAGCUGGCGGAGCGCGUUGCGGCGGAGGGCAAGGCGUGCGUGGUGGUGGUGAACAAGUGGGACACGGUGCCCAACAAGGAGACCAACACCAUGAAGACCUGGGAGGAGGCCAUCCGGGACCGGCUGCGCGGACUCUCCUGGGCGCCCAUGAUCUUCAUCAGCGCAGCCACCGGGCAGCGCGUGCCAAAGCUUCUCGAGGUCGCUGCCAAAGCGGGCGAGCAGCACGGGCGGCGGCUUUCCACCGCGACGCUCAAUGCGGUGGUCCAAGAGGCGGUGCAGUUCAAGCAGCCGGCAGCUGGUAAAGCGGGUCGGCGCGGGAAGAUUUACUACUGCACGCAGGCCGCUGUGCGGCCGCCCACUUUCAUUUUCUUUGUGAAUAGCGCCGAUCUGUUUAACGACUCGUAUAGACGGUACAUCGAGCGCCAGCUGCGGUCGAACGUUGGGUAUCCGGGGACCCCCCUUCGGCUCGUGUGGCGCAGCAAACCGAAAGAUAAGGCCGAGCGGAGUAGUCAGCAAGCGAAAGCUGCGCAGAAUUCUCGAGGGGGACAAAGACAAUGACCCUUUUGACGAUGCACGUUUAAACGGGUUGCCGAAACGCUUUCCGCCUCCAACAAUCAGAUAGUCCUAAAAACCCGAGCUGGAGUGCUCCCUAGCUUGCGG